GAAGGAAGGAUGGGCGACGCGGGAGCCUCAGAAUAGGCUGUGAGCAUGAGAAAGUCAGCCUGGGUGGGAGGUUCCCACUGAAGGGUGGUCCCAGGCUCCAGUCCUAGCCAUGGCACAUGGGCCGUGAGCACUGGGUACCCAGCUGCCACCGCUGCUUGUGCUGCUUGCACAGUGAGCGUUUCUCACCCUCGUGCUUCCAGGGGCGAUGGGGAGUUGGUCACCUGCGGCCUGAUGUCCUGCUCUCCAUCUCCCAGGUACCAGCUGACAAGAGCCAGAUAAGAACCAGAAGCACCGAGAUGCCUGUGGCACUGCCUCUUCCUCCAGGGCAGGAGGUUUCAUCCACUCCUCUGGAGCUCAGCAGCAUGGCCUCUGGCCCUGUGCAUUUCAUGGUACUGGGACCCCACAUCAGAGACCAUGCUCCUGACCCCUUGUCCCUCCCGCAUGCUUCCACAGGGCCAAGACCUUUAGUUCCUGACCGGCCCCCACAAGCUGGGCUGGAAGCUACUCUUGGGGCACUGCAACAGAGAGUUCACAGGUUAUAGAGGCGCCAGGAGUGGCACCAGGCACAGCUGCCAUCUUUGGAACAGCUGGCAUAGCAGCUGCACGGGGAGAGCCUGCUGGCCUGCACACACAAUGAUCCAUUGUGCUGA